AUGGAGGCUUCGCCAACUAAACACGCCCGCAAUGUCUCUAGAUCUUCACGGCCGCGUAGCACAACGAAGGGUCCUUUAGAUCAGCCAGAUGACCCGCUCGGCUCCGAAACAGUGAACACAGCCGCAUCCCCAAGGCCGGCUACAGCAGACUUUGCUGGAUUUACCGGCGCUUCGUUUAGCAGACUGGAUCCAUUGGGGCCAGAUGAACUGCCACCAACAGUGGAGAAGGAUCUCUCGUACUUGCUUCGGUAUGAUGUAUAUCAUUCGCUGUCUCAGGUAGAAAUACCGCACGCUCUUCGCUCUGAGUUCCUUGCUCCAACGUCAGAUGAAUCGCUGUCCACAAGCCUAGCCACCCUUGAGCGGCUUCUGGCUGAAGGUCACUUUCUGCUCGCUGCUUAUUUGUGUGGGACGAUCUUAACAUCCUCGUUGAUCUCGCCUACUGACAUCAAACGAAUCUUUGCUCUCUUUUACACUCGGCUAGCGUGCCUGCAACUGUCAGGAAAUACGAUCAUUGCAGCGCAAGAGUCAAAGGCGCUUGAAGACCUGAGCUCCGCCUUCUAUUAUGUGGAACCGAUUGCUGGGACGUCUGAUAAGCACCCAAACUAUCCUCGUCACAUCGUACCAUGGCCCCUACGAGUGCUGGCUAUUAGACUCCAGAGCAUUGGAUUCGGCGACUCACGUAGGGGCAUUGGCGGACUCUACGAGGUUGGCUUGGAAGCACGAAGGGAGAUUUUGCGGCCAGAUGUGGACCCCGAAGAGCGCAAGUUGUGGAGAGAGCGAUUGUCUGACCUCGGCAUGAGGAAUGUGAACGCGCUCAUUGAGAUGGGGGAUCUGGAUGCUGCUAGGAGAUCUCUCGCCAGCUUGCGAAUAGCAGAACCGGAAAGUGAGAUCAAUAAACUGAGAAAAGUACUUUUGAUGCUCAUAAUUGGCGAUCUUGAUGCUGCGAGGCAGGUAUGUGGCGAGGCGAGCGAUGCCGGGAACACCGUGUUUCGCCCGCUCCUCAGUAUGGCCGAGGGUCGGUACGACGACGCAGUGGCUGAAUGGCGCGCCUUACUUGGCAACGAGGAACGCAGACCCGAUGAGUCCAUGAUCUCGCAGAACCUGGCGGUGUGCUUGUUGUACACUGGUAGGUUGAACGAAGCACGUGAGGUCCUCGAGUCACUGGUGCACGCAAACCACUCGUUCUCGAGUCUCGUGUUCAACUUGUCAACCGUCUACGAACUAUGCUCUGAUAAAUCCGCCAAGCUAAAGACCGACCUUGUAGAAAGAGUGGCCAGACAACCAGUCACUGGGACUACUAAUCUUGAUCGGCCCAACGGGGACUUCAAACUUUAA